AUGUAAAUUGAUUUAUUAGAGUAAUAAUAAUUAGUUAAGAAAAAGAGAUCAAGGUCUUAAAAAGCCAAUGCAGAUUCAAUACCAGCAUUUUUAUUAAAAACCUAUGAGAUUAUAGAUGUAAAAAUUAUGGGCAAUUCUUAGAAUCCUAGCAAUUAAGAUGUCAUUAGUUGGAAUGAGGAAGGAAGUGCAUUUAUAGUUAAAAAAGUAAAUGAGUUUUCGGAUGUCAUUCUCCCUUAAUCAUUCAAGCACAGUAACUUUGCAUCGUUCGUUCGAUAAUUAAAUAUGUAUGACUUUCACAAAACCCGACAUGACAAUAAUGAAAAUGAAUUUAAACACAAGUUAUUCUAAAGAGGAAAGAAGUAUGGAUUUUAUAUAUACGUAGAAACUUAUUGAGUUAAAUUAAACGCAAGACAAAUGAUUAGAAAGAUUAAAAUUCGUUGACUCUCAUAAAAACUGAGAUCGUGAGAAAUGGGAAUUAGGAAAUUCCAGAUGUAUUAGAUUUUUAUACAUAUCGAAGAUAUCAAUGCAAAUGUCGAGGUUGUCGAACAAAUAGAGUGAGUUAGAAAAACUAAUGAAAAUUCUAAUAAAAUAAAAUGAGAAAAUUUAGAAAGAAAAUAAGUAUUUAUGGACAGAACUAAUGAAGAAUAAGUAUAUAAUACAUAUAAAUAGGCAUAAGAAUGAAAAUUCUGAGGAAUAAAUAAUGAAGUGGGUUUUGCAAUCAUUGCAAGGGAACAAAUAAAAUGGGAAGCAUAAAAAUAUUUCCACUAAUAACCUUUUGAUGAUUAAGUAAACAAGCGAAAAUGACGAUGAGUUUUAAAAUGAAUAUUAACACCAAAAGAUAUUUGAAAAUGAAAAACCUGCAUUUGAAUAACUACCAUAGUAAAUGCUAAAAUAAAAUUUCGAACAAUAAAUAGAAUAAUUAUCAAAAACUCAAAUCAUUUAAAUUUUAAUGAAAGCAGUUGCUAAUAAUUAGAAAUAGGAGAAAAAAAAUAUAUUUAAAUAUGAGGAUGAUGAAGUUAGUUUUGAUGAAGAAUAUCCAAUAACUAAAAAAGUGGAUUUUAAAUAUGAAAAUGAAGAAAAAAAAUAGGAUAAUCAACUUAUUGUAUAUAGUGAUCCAUUUUCUUUCCAUAAAUUAGAUGAUAAUUUUAUUAUAGCAGAAUCACCUAAUUUAAGUAGAAAGAAUUCUUAUUAUGAUUAGGAUCCUAUUCCUCAAUUUUAUGAAUAUUGA